AUGCCCCAUCAGUGGUAUGGGUGCCUCCGACACACGCAACCCGACUGUACCGUCGGCGCACCUGAGCAAUACACCAGAAUGAGACAGGUGAAUCCCCACCUUCCCACCCGGCACCUGACGAGCUUUUAUGGAAGGUGCAUUGUGUUAACAAUACCAAGGCAAAGAUCCCAGAGUCUGGCCACUCGACAACGAGAUCCCUAUCAUCAGGGCAGUGAUACUCUCACCGGCACCGAUGAUCUGAUCUUUACGCACGCCUGCAAUCCACACCAGGGUCUUCCUUGCUCCUUUCACAGCCGCUUCAAAUUCAUCGGAAACGGCGGCACGAACGACCACACUCGUGCAACCCUGCGGAUGCUGGAUAUACUGCCUAUAUCGGAGCUUGACUGGGAGGAUGCCACAUUGCUCUUUCUGUUCACCGCAGACGGAGAGGAAUCAUGGGAUGGCUGUCGGAACGGGAUAUGGAGUCCUUGA